AAGGGAGGGGUGAUGAGAGCGACAGAGAGUCCGAUUGGGGCGGGCUCUCUCGUAAUCAGAGAGAAUACUGCAGCUCACGCUCAGAUUUCCCAUGCUGUUACCGGCUUGGCUCUGCAGCCCCUCUCUCUCUCUCUUUCUCACAUGCACGGAUGACAUAGAUGCACACGCAGUGAACACGGAUCUGUAUCUCUGCACUGAGGAGACAACAUCCUUUACUCGUUUUCUCUGUCCUCAGUUUACUGGCUCCUGUUUUUAGGCACUGCGUCAGAGGCUGUGCCACACAGAUAUGCCCGGUGAGACUGCACAUCGGAGUGGCCCCACGCAGGGCCUUCUGGACUCUGGAGACCCACAAUCAGAGCUGCCAGGACCAGCUCUGUCUGGUCAAACAUCCAGCUCUUCAGCCUCAACUCCAACAGACAGUGUCUCCAGUCCUUCUCCCAGCAGCCCUCCAAAACUCUCCCCACUAUGUACUCCUUUUGGACCCCGCCUGGUAAUGGCCAAACCAACCACUUUUCCUCGCCCACAGCCUGAGGGUGCAAGUUUUGAAUUAGAAGGGUAUUCUGGAAAUAUCGGCCGACCAACAGGGCGGUUUGGUAGAGGAGCCUGCAGACGAGGUCCUAUGAAAAUGGAACGGAUCAAAGUCCUAACUGGAUCAGAAAUAGAAAGUGACUUUCAAGAGCCAGAGACCAUGGACUCAAGGGUGGUAAUGGGGCAAGAGGCAUUGCUGAGAAACAUGGAGACACAAAGUGGAGUGCUGCUAGGAAGGCAGAUAGGUCAAGAAACACCUAGUUCAGGACACCAGCCCUCAGAGCCUUCCAUGAAAUGUCAUAUUGGGCUAGAUGAAAACGCAAAACUAGACACUGGUCAGGUGAGUUCUACUGUAGAUCAGGCUAAGAGUUUGACUUCAGUUCCAGAACAAGAGAAAUGCAUAGGUCAGAUACUUGAAUGUCAAAUCCUAGAGUCCAAAGUGAGAGAUGCUGAAUUGACAGACAGCAGUACUCUUUUCCCAGACAAUGAGGGAGAGCCACUGUCUUUAUCUCAGGGUGAAGUGCCUUCCUUGUCAUUUUCCGAGCCUCCCUAUGUUGUUGACCCACAACGUAUUGGUGUCCUUCCAGGACUGGAUCCUGAUCGCUACUAUACAGCCCCUUCCACCCCCAUUAAGAUGGCUUACUGCUCACAUCUCAAGCAACAAUGGCGCCCAGGGAGCCCAAGCCAAAGUCCAGGUUCCCCAACUGAUGAGUCUGAUCUGUGCUCCCCUCCUACCUCUCCCUCUGGUUCCUACAUGACUGCUGAGGGAGGCAGCUGGACUUCAUACACCUCCAGCACCUCCCACUCAUGCUCUCCAAACUUAACAGCUGAGGCAGAGUUGCAAGAAGCUCCUGCUUGCUAUGUGGGGUCCCUCUCAGAGAUUGGCGACGAGCUUGGAGAUGAUCGAACUGGUAACGAGAGGGAUGCUUGUCUGGGUAAACCUGAUUUGCCAGAGUUGCUGGAAGAUGUGGCCUGUGAAGUGGAUAUACUAACAAGGGACACCUGUAGUCCUCAUUGGGUGACAGAACAUGAUUCCACACAAGAGAGCAGCAUCAUCAUGCGAAGAACAGACUGCCAGGAGGACACAGUGGUGUCUGUGGGCUCUCUGAGGCCUAGCGAUUUCCAGAGAGCCCCUGAUGCAACUCAGGCUUUUAGUGAUCCACAUCAAAGUCUUGAAAUGGAUUUCAAUGCCUGUUUCUCAGAGCCAUCGGUGAGCCUGGAUCGCUCCCUAACACCAGACAAUAAUGCAGCUGCAGCACUGGAUACAGAGAGUAAAACCCCUGUCUCCCACUGUCCAGAUACUGUAGACAUAAAAAGUAAUAGCAGUAAUAGUUUAUAUCUCGAGAUAGGUUCCUCUGCUCCUCUGUUCCAUGGCUAUUCUAGAGAGGAUGGGCUUGAGAGUGAUGCAAUGAUUCCUGCUUCUAUGUUGCCAUUCCAUGGAAGCCUGAUAAUCCAGGCAGAUUCCAUGGAUAUAACCCUGUUCCCCACUGAUGAUGAGCAGGGGAAUGAUGUGGAUGCAUAUGCUGCUGGAGAGGAGGAAGCCGAUGUAGAUGAGUAUGAUGAUGAGGAUGAUGAAGAGGAGUGUGAUGAUGAAGAUGUGGAUAAUGACAAGGCAGAGCAACAAGAGGCAGCUUGGAGGGUUGGAAGGGAAGUGGAAGGCCCAAAUGAAGAUGACACCUCUGCAUCUUUCCUAAAUUCCCUUUCAGAGAACUCCAUAAACGACGGUGUAGAUGAGUCCUUUGCUUAUCAGGAUGAAACUGAGGACUCAAUUAAUUCUACGUCUUAUAACGGGGAUGAAGAUGACCAUCUGUACUGCACAGAGAAGCAUGCUGAACUCUCCCAACAGUUCCCUGGGCCAGAUGAACCUGUGCAGUCAGUAAGCCAUGCUAAACCUGAAUCUUCUGGCAGUGAAAGUGAAAUUGAGAUAUCCUCCAGAUCAUCUGAGCUUCUACGUGUAGAACUGCAAGGGAAUCUGGCAGACUGCAGUGUUCAUGGUGAAAGUGUAAUCGCACAACAAAUUUCAGAAACAAAGUUGCUGAAGGGUGAGCUUUCAAAAGAAUCAACUGCAGAGAUCAAAACAACUGAUGAGGAAGGCAAACAGAGUACAGAUCCGUCAACAGUCACGGUAACUUCAGAGAAAGGACAGCAGAUUGCCACAGAUGAUCCAACAUUAUCUGUUGAUCGAGACAAAGUAGAACAAAAUAAUAGUUCCAUUGAUUCCUGCGUGGCAGGUGUUACAGCUGCUGACAUCGAGACUAACGUAGAUGAUAGCCAGGAAUUGGAUCAGAAAAAUGGAAAUAGUAUGGAGUUGGACACAUCAUUGCAGUUAGCAGAAACUGCAACCAAUGACCUAAAUAAAGGAGUCCCCCAACUAACAUACCUGGAUGACUGCAGCCCCACAAACAUUCCAGUUUGUGCCUAUCCUGAACUAUGUGAGGUGCCAGAUAACUUAACAUCAACAGAUGUUUUACCAUUUGAACGUUCCAUGAAUCAAGAUAAUCUGACAGAGAAUCAACCUGGCAAUGAUGAUGUAAACCAUAGCUCUCAAAAUAUGUCCUGCUCCACAUACAGCAGACUUGUCAUUUCACCAAAGAAAGAGAACUCUGAGAGCAGUAUGACAGAAAGGGAACUUUACCCUGACAGUUGGACACCAAGGGAUCCCUUGUCUUUAGGUGAACGCUGUGACUUUGAGGCUGAAAAUCUGCUCAUGUGUGAGAUAGCUAGAUCAGUGCACAGUAAAGGUUUGCCAGUCGCUCAUAACAUUGCCACUGGAGAAGACAACAUGGGUGAUGAUGAGGACAACAACCGAUAUUGUGACCUCCAAGAGAAAAUGGCAGACAUUGAUGUUGGUGUGGUUGAGUCAAACAUUGCCAGCUGGAGAUCGAUUCAAGAUCUUUCAGAGGCAGGAGGGGGUGAGGAUGAUGCAAAUAACCUUCAAAAUCCAGAGAGCAAUCCGAUUAUACAUUGCAGUUCUGAUAAGGGUCUGCUGCCAUCGUGGAAUGAUCCAGAAAAAACUUGCACGCCCUUAAUCCUGAGUGCUCCAUCAGACCUUACAUUGAAUAUGCUUUCAGAUGAUGGGAAAGAUGGGAAAGAUCAAACUCCAAAUACAGACUUCAACAUUCCAGAGGAUUUAUCUUCAGACACAUUAAAGAAGGAAAGUGAUGAAAUAACUUCUGAACAGUCUCAGGAUCUGGAAUCUUGUCAAGAACCUGAUAAUGUCACAUUAACAGCAACCAUCUCCCUAGAACACACUGAUCUUUGUGAAUCUUCUACAAAAACAGUCAUUUCUAACCAAUUAGAUAAUCUUGGUCCAGUUUUAAAUCAGGGGCAUUCAAAUUCUCAACAGAUUACCUUUAGAAACACUGACUCUGUCUCGGAAAACAAGCUCACAUUCAACUUGCAAGGAGGAUCGUUUGGCACCUUCACAUUCAGAAAGAAACCAACUGAUAUAAAGAUUGUGACCUCCUCAGAAUUAACAAUUCUCCAACAGAUUUCUGUCUCACAUAAAGAGACAAAUUCCUAUGAUGGGUCUUCAAAUGAGGUUGUGGGGGAGAAAGUAAUUCAGUUAAGAGCACACAUCAAAAAUGAAACCGUAACUGAUGAAGCUAAAACCACUGACAGACAACUUCUUGAACAAGAGACUACAACUGACGCUCAGGAUCAGGAGAUAGAUAAAUCAGACUCCCGUGAGAAGGGAAACAAGGGACUGAAAACAUGUCAAAAGAGAGAAGAACAAGAUUUUACAGAGAAUGUUUCAUUUCUGGAGCAGAACAAAAAUCUUGAUGAUGAUUCACAUAAAUCAGGUCUUUCUCAAGCUGACAGUGAUGAGGCAACACCAAAAACAGCACAGAUUGCUAAUUCAGGUCAUGGCACAAAACCAAAGGUAAUUGAUGUCCUUAAAACCAGCAUUGCAGAUUUAGCUUCAAUGGACAAUGAAAAGAUCCAGUGCCAAGGAAAGGAAAUGGAGAAUACAGGUAAUCAAGCGCCAAGUUUUGAUAGAUUUUCAAUGAGAGAGGAAUUUGGUGAAACUCAGCAGAAAGAGGAUGUCUCUAUAACGGAGAACACUGAACUUGAUCAAACACCAGAACAAUCAAUUUUUCACCCCCCUGACCUUAGCUAUAUUGAUCCAAAAGAGUCUGUUCAUACCGAGUCAGUGGUUGUAUCUCAGACAACAGACCUUACAAGGCCAGAUGGGCAGAAAGAACUUCCAGACAGUUCUUUGAGCAGAGUAAGUUUGACAGAAAGCACAAGAGACAUCAAUGACAAUCACAUAGGGGGCAGUUCAUCCCUCAGGGUGGACAGCUCAGAACAAGACAGGGUCUCUCCAACAUGUUCAUCCACAGUUGUCCAGGAGGAAGAUCUCUCUAAUCCCGUUCAGGAGUCACAGCCCAUUCAUGACAUCUCCCAAACAUCUGCUGCCUUCUCACAUACAGCUCCAGACAACAAACCCAACCAACCUGACUAUCAAAGUCCCUUCCGGACUCCUGGAAUAACCAGUUUGGAAUCAGCAGCAUGGGAAACAGAGGAACAAACACCAACUUUGGUUCGUAUUCAAGACACGUGUGAUCAUGAAAGUGAGAGAACAGUCAUGACAGCAAAACCAUGCAGACAUGAGAACCCUCCAGUAUGCAAGGGACACCGAACAGAACAGUCCCAGUCCACAACAUCCACUGGACAAAAAGACAGUAACCAUGCCCAAAGAACACUGAAUCAGUCAGAUGAAAGAGAUAUGCUCCCCUGCUUCAGUCCAAGACCAGACUCCCUCAUAAAAACAAAGCAAGCUGAGCGACAGAGCAUAGAGCAAGACGUGUACCCAAUUAGCUACAGAUCAAAAGGCCCAGAGGACUUGGAUCUCCCCUUCAAAAACAAUAUAGGUUCAGGUAAUGAAACAGACAGUGAUGGCUCAGUACCUGAGCUAGAGGAACCUAGUGGGACAUUGCUGAGACCCUCAAAUCCACAGCUCUCACACUCUCCUGCUGAUGAGUCAGUGAGCAGAGCCAAACAGAGUCGAAGUGAGAAAAAAGCACGAAAGGCGAUGUCAAAGCUCGGGCUGAAACAGAUCCACGGAGUGACACGCAUUACCAUUCGGAAGUCCAAGAAUAUUCUCUUUGUUAUUACACGUCCAGAUGUGUUCAAAAGCCCUGCCUCGGAUAUUUACAUAGUCUUUGGAGAGGCCAAGAUUGAAGACCUGUCACAACAGGUACACAAGGCAGCGGCAGAGAAAUUUAAGGUUCCUCUUGACCCCUCACCUCUGCCGACAGAAAUCACACCAAGCCUGACAAUAAAAGAAGAGAGCGAGGAAGAAGAGGAGCUGGAUGAGGGUGGGCUGGAGCAGAGAGAUAUUGAGUUGGUAAUGGCACAGGCCAACGUGUCUCGAGCUAAAGCAGUCCGUGCACUGCGCCACAACAAGAAUGACAUCGUCAAUGCCAUUAUGGAGCUGACCAUGUAAAAGAGGAAAAGACUUCUUCCCCGCCCCUUGCGUGUUUUCUUCCCUAAGUAAUGCUGCUAUAUUGCGCCGCCCAAACUCCUGCUGAAAUAAAUCCGUUACAACCAGAGCUGUUCGUUUCCCAACAUUAUCUACGAAUCAUAUAAAUGCACCUUACAAACAAAAAUUUGUCGUUAUACAUUUUGAACAAAUUUUAAUAUUGCCUUAAUGGCUCAGAUGGUAGAUCAGAGGAUUGUAGAAAUAAAUGCUCAUGUCCUCAAAGCUGAUGGCUUGAAUCUGACCUGAAGUUGUUUUUUUUUUGUUUUACUGUCCCCUGGGGUAUAUGUAUCUUAUCUUGCAAGCAUAAAUAGUUCACAUGGCACUAAAAUUCCACUUAAAUUUAUUAUAGAAGCCUG